GGUUGGGAGUUGAUACUGGCCGGUAUUAGAAACUUUCCAAAAUUAGACUGCAGCGUUCUGUCUCUCUCUCUCUCUCUCUCCUUCUCUCCUCGUACGAGUCCGAAAUUUAUAAAAUUAAAUUAUUUAUUAGGGUUUUCAGAGAGGGACGAAUUUGCAAUCAGCAAUCGAAGUAGUAUUAGGGUUUUAUUCAAUUCAUAAUUAUGUCCUUCCUCGAAGAAUUUCAUGCCAAUCUGGAGUCUCUGCCUAAUAUUCUGCAAAGGCAUUAUGCAGUGUUACGUAAUCUAGACAAGAGUUUACAAGAUAUCCAAAGACAGAAUGAGCAACGUUGCGAACAAGAAAUAGAGGAUAUAAAGCGCGAGAUUAAGUCUGGAAAUAUUACACCUGAUAGUUCACUUAUUAGAUUCUCAGAUGAGGCACUUGAUGAGCAAAAGCAUAGCAUUGGGAUUGCUGAUGAAAAGGUCAUGCUGGCUGUUCGGGCAUAUGAUUUGGUUGAUACACACAUACAACAGCUUGAUCAAUAUUUGAAAAAAAUUGGUGCAGAGCUCCGGCCUGCCUCAGAUGGUGUUGCCGCAAGUGCCAUGCCUGCUCCAAGUCUUGAUGGUGGUGCAAAAUCUGGAAGGAGCAGCGAAGGUGGUAGAGGAGGGCGUAGGAAAAAACAGGCAACAGUAGCAGCAACAGCACCAGAAGCUACACCUGCCCCUGCACCUGCAAAUCCUACUGGUAUGGAUUUGGAUAUACCAGUGGAUCCAAAUGAGCCAACCUACUGUUUGUGUAACCAAGUUAGCUAUGGAGAUAUGGUUGCAUGCGAUAACCCCAAUUGCAAGAUUGAAUGGUUCCAUUUUGGCUGCGUUGGUUUGAAAGAUCAGCCAAAAGGAAAGUGGUAUUGUCAAGAUUGUUCCGCAUUGAGAAAUCGACGCAAAAGGUAGAUGAUGCAUAGAACUGGUCCUGGAACCUUGAAGCUGACAUUCUGAAUUUUAAUGUCCUUAUCACCAUGUUUAUUUGGCAGCCCUUGUUUAUUUUACACAUUUUUAAUUGCUUUACAGGAAGUUAGAUUUGUAUAUCAUUUUGUAUUUAUAGAAUUAAAGUCGUGGUACCCAACAAAAGUGCUCCUGCAGUGAAGCUAAUGGAUUUGCACCGAGUUGAAGAGUGAAAGUAAUAAAUUGCUUAUGUCCCCUCUUCAAA